UUCAUUCGUUUCAUCAGUUUUCCUCUGCAAAAUUUGACAGUUUGUAAAGCAUUUGAAGAUGCAAAGAUUUUCACAUAAAGAACAAAACGGUGUUGCUUUAAGCUCAGAUAUAGACUUUAAUGACGUCUUCGGCGGUCCGCCGAGGAGGAGAUCGUCGAUGCACGAGACACGACGUCGUUUUAGUGAAAACAGGGAUUCAUCAUCUUCAUCAUCAUCUUCAUUCGGUUCAAGUGAUGAAAUAUCUUUUUCUGCAUCGUCGAAGAAUCCAUGGUUGUCCGGUUCAAGUGAAAAACCAGUGUUCGGCGGUGAAGAAGGGAUGAACCAGCGGAGGCACUCGAAUGCUGAUUUCUUUAAUGAUAUUUUUGGUGGCAAUAAUGAUCGGUGUUUGAGUUCUUCGCCGAGGAAAUAUGAAAUGAAGGAUCCUUUUGCACCACCAUCCAUGGCGGAGCCUUUUGCUACUUCAUUGCCUAGUCGGUUCAGCCUUUUGAACAAAGGAAUUGACCUCCCAGCAUCUGGCUCUCCACAGAACAAGGUUAAAGCUUCAAAUAGCUUAAGCUAUUACGCUACCAAGCACGAUCAUGAAACAAAAAGCAAUUCAGUCGAAGAUUCAAAUGGUUCUAAGAUCUCCAACAAUGGCGACAAAUUGCAGAGAUGCUCAAGUUUAAAGGGAUGGGUGACAUGCAAUAGCAGAUUGGAUAAUGAGUUCGUCUCCGGUGAUAGAACAUCGGCUAAUGCUAAAUCUUUUAGAAUAGAUUCGAGGAAUGGAGACGGAGAAAGAGUUCGAUCUAUUAAGGAAGAGGAUCGAUCCCUUUCUCGGCCUCAGCUUAAAACUCUCGAAUUGCUUUUACAUGAAGACCAACAAGAUGAGAUGACCAAGAUAUUGCAUGAAAUUCUAGAUGAUGAAAACAUCAAGAAACCAAAUACUACAAAAAGGGUCAGUUCCAGCAAUAUAGAAGCCAUUACAACAAGAGCAAAAGGUUCUCCUAGGAACUCAUGGGAUAAUGGGAAAAGCAAAGUUAGAGGAAAGGUCAAAGAAUUCAUCGAAAUUUUCAACCAAGAUGCUUCACCAAAGCCAGAGAACGAACCAAAUCAUCUUCAAAUGAAUGAAAAUGAAGUGAAAAUUCAUAUGCCUACAACGGAAGAGAAGAAACCAUCUUCCCAAGUUCCCAUUGCAGAUCAUAUGAGUAAAGGUGAAGCACAAAUGAACAACAAUGGUUCAUUAAUAGAUCAUGUUUCUAAUGGCUUCAACACUGUUAUCGAAGAUCCAGCAAAAUCAUCCGAGGACAACUUUUCGAUUGAAGACCUAACACCAGAAGAGAAAAUUUUCCCAGAUUUUGGUAUUGAUCCGGAAGAAAUCAAGGCCAUUGAUGCUAAAAUACAGCAAUGGUCAAAUGGGAAACAAGGAAACAUCCGUUCACUGUUGUCAACCUUGCAAUAUAUUCUUUGGCCUAAUAGUGGUUGGAAGCCAGUGCCUCUCAUGGACAUAAUUGAAGGACCUGCAGUGAAAAGAUCAUAUCAAAAAGCUCUAUUGUGUCUACAUCCAGAUAAACUACAACAAAAAGGUGCUGCCUCAGAUCAAAAAUACAUUGCACAAAUUGUCUUUGAUGUUCUACAGGAUGCAUGGGCUCAUUUCAACUCAAUGGGUUCAUUGUGAUUUUUCACUUGUGACGGCGACGUUUCAUCUGCCGACAAAAGGAUGCAAAAUUAGGUGCUCAAUGUUGGGGUUAAGACAUAAUUUUUUAUUCUUUGUAGAUUGUUUUACUUUAAGUGUAGAUUAUCUAACUUAAAUAUACUUGAAUUCUUGUCCCACAACUAUGUUUGGAAUUUAUAUAUAUAUAUAUGUAUACAUAUAUAAACCCUAAUAAAGAUUACUUUAAAUUCUAAUAUUAGUCUUUGUAUUUUACAAAAA